AAGUCUGGAAAAUACCAUCAUUAGACACGUAGCGCCCUCCAGCGGUUACGUUUCCUGGACGUUGUUUGGGACCGUUAGAGACGCAUCAGUCGAAAUGCUAUGUGCGCUCACAAAUUCAGAGAAAUCCCUUACGCUUUCCCCCAAGCAAACAUGGUUAGGAGUUUGAGAUGUUGGAGUGCGCCUCUCACUGGCGAUUUACUGAAGAUUCGCAGAAAGUUGUGGGUGUCCUGGCGCCAUUUCGGAUCUAACGAAGACUGGUCCUUUUAGCUCUAGAAGAUUAGGGAAAUCUAGGAACCAACAUGGAAGCAAAGAUCUUUGGCUAACCAAAGUUAUCAGCAAGGAGCGUCUAUUGGUAUCCAGGAAGUGAGCUCACAAGUGGUUCGUGUGGGUCUGUUUCUGUGGUCGAAAAAAGCCGAGGUCCUCCCAAAAAACUUCUGCACAAAAAAGGUGGACCAACGCGAAAACAGUUUUGGGGCAGUCAACAAGAAGCUGAUACAGAUUAUUGUGCAAUGUCGGAGGCUCUGUACCUGAACACCAUACUUUUCGUUGCAGUUUGUCCAAGGUGCUAUUGUUCUUAAACAUAAAAUAGACGGAAGGACAAAUACUUGCCAAACAAAUGGAUUAAAGUAAAAAAAAAAAAAAAAAACCAAAAAAAAAAAAUGGAGAGAGCAGCUGAGAGUGGGGUGAGGAGGUUGGCGCUAGCAAAUUCUGAAAUCUUGCUUUGUUAUUCGAUGCACUUCAUCUAGCAAGAUAGCUUGUUAAAAUCCUAAAUAACUUCAAGAGGGCGGAUUUUUUCUUUUUGUUGCCAGUUUUUGCAGCUUGUUGCCACUCUUACAUUAGGAAUUGGAACUUAGCUUGUUGCUUUGCAAGCGACUUGGGGAAGACCGAAGUUGGUUUGGGUUUUUUUUUUUGGGGGGGCGCGGCCCAGAUGCAGUGACCUCAUGCCGUGCGGGCGAUGAAGAUGCUCUGCGACGCUGGGGGGGCAGGAUCGUGACAUGAUGGGGUGCGGGAGGAGCAAGGUUCUCCCCGAGCCGCCCUCGGAAGUCCAGCUGGACCUGGUCAAGAAGGUGGAGCCCCAGGCCGGACAGGCCGCCGACCCCUACAGGCACUUCAUCCGGGAGGGGGCCAGCGGCGGGGGCAAGGCGGGCGGCGGCGGCGAGAAGACCGGCUCGCCCUCCCCCCACCAGUCCCAGGGCCCCCCCGGCGGCCCGCCGGACCCGUCCGACCCGCGGCGGAGCAAGGCGGCCAAGUACCGGGCCAAGUUCGACCCGCGGGUGACCGCCAAGUACGACAUCAAGGCGCUGAUCGGCCGCGGCAGCUUCAGCCGGGUGGUGCGGGUGGAGCACAAGAGCACGCGGCAGCCGUACGCCAUCAAGAUGAUCGAGACGCGCUGCCAGGAGGGCCGCGAGGUGUGCGAGUCGGAGCUGGGCGUGCUGCGGCGCGUGCGCCACGCCAACAUCAUCCAGCUGAUCGAGGUGUUCGAGACGGCCGAGCGCGUGUACAUGGUGAUGGAGCUGGCCACCGGCGGCGAGCUCUUCGACCGCAUCAUCGCCCGCGGCUCCUUCACGGAGCGCGACGCCACGCGCGUCCUGCAGAUGGUGCUGGACGGCGUCAAGUACCUGCACACGCUGGGCAUCACGCACCGCGACCUCAAGCCCGAGAACCUGCUGUACUACCACCCGGGCGCCGACUCCAAGAUCAUGAUCACCGACUUCGGCCUGGCCAGCACCCGUCGCCGGGGCAACGAGUGCCUGAUGAAGACCACCUGCGGCACGCCGGAGUACAUCGCGCCCGAGAUCCUGGUGCGCAAGCCCUACACCAACGCCGUGGACAUGUGGGCGCUGGGCGUCAUCUCCUACAUCCUGCUCAGCGGCACCAUGCCCUUCGAGGACGAGAACCGCACGCGCCUCUACCGCCAGAUCCUCAAGGGGAAGUACAGCUUCUCAGGGGAGCCCUGGCCCAACGUGUCCAACCUGGCGAAGGACUUCAUCGAGCGCGUGCUGACGGUGGACCCCGCCGCGCGUCUGAGCGCGGGGCAGGCGCUGAAGCACCCCUGGAUCGUCAGCAUGGCCGCCUCCUCGUCCAUGAAGAACCUGCACCGCUCCAUCUCCCAGAACCUCCUGAAGAGGGCGUCCUCGCGCUGCCACAGCACCAAGUCGGCGCAGUCCACCCGCUCCAGCCGCUCCACCAAGUCCAACAAGUCGCGGCGCGCCCGCGAGCGCGAGCUGCGGGAGCUCAACCGCCGCUACCAGCAGCAGUACAACGGCUAGCGCCGCUAACGGACCCGCACCGCCCCCUCCUCCUCCUCCUCCUCGCCCAGGCCACAGAGACCGCAAAAACACACGUCCUCUCUUUCUUUUUCCAAGCUCCUCUUCUCUUUGUCUCUCUCUCUUUUUUUCUGUGCGUUCGUGUUCCUUUAUUUAUUUAUUGCCUGUGUUGUCCUUGUCGUUGUGUUUUAAAAAAUUUUUUUAUUCUUUUUCCUCUGAAAGCUAGCAUCAUCACGUGAAGCCUUAAGGCUGGAAGGAUCUGUUGAACAGAAUUCUGGGAAGUGAAGUUUUUUUUUUUGGUUGGUUUUUUUUAUUUUACUUGAGUGUUAAGAAGACGGUUAAAAUGAAGGGUCUGUUGAAGGAAUCUUUUGUGUAUGCUAUCUACGUCCUUGCUGUGAAAUUGUACGGUAAAAGAAGAGCAGAUGUUUGUGAAGGGUAAGCAAUAAUAAGCAUUAAAAAUGCAUUUCAGUUUAAGUUAAAUUGGUAACGUUCGCCGAAACCUCAGUGUGUUCGUGGUGGCCAAAUUUUAAUUAAAAUCAUUCAGUUUC